GGACUUUCAACGAUGGACCCUUUAAGCAUUACAGCUAGCGUCGUGGGAGUUGCUGUGCCGGCUUUACAAUGCGCGCAGCAGUUACGAAAAACGAUUCAAGCCAUUCUCGAUGCGCCUAGCGAGAUCGCAUCACUUGGAGAAGAGCUGCUGACCAUCGAGCAAGCCAUUACCUCUAUUCAAGAGGUAUCUGAUCAACAGUGGCAGUCCCUGGGUGAAUCUGUGGUCUCCCAAUCCAAGACUGGAAUGAACCUAUGCAGAAAGUCAUGCAGCAAGUUUCAAGCCGGCAUCAAGCAUCGGACUCGUCAUGGCGAAGAUGGAAAACUAUCUUGGCGUGACCGAACUGCAAUCGGCCUUUUCGGACAGGAUCAGAUAAAGUCCACGUCAUCUCAGCUCCAGAACUGCAAAGGCACGCUUACUUCAGUCGUCAGCAUUGCGAAUCUCCAUAGUUCCCUUCAACAGACGAGCGCAAUCGAAGAAAUGAUGAGGAUGGUGUCGAUUAAGGGGACCGAGAUUGCGAAAGCAGUUUCGACCACUGAAAGGCAGCUAGAUGAGGUGAGCGCUAGGCUGGAAAAGCUUCAGCUUGCGUUGUUACAAGAAGUCAAGGAGGAUCCCGAAGAGAGAAGCGCCAAAGACCAAGUGGAGACUGAGAAAUUUGCUUUACAGCAAUCUCUCAAACUACUCAGAGCUCUGAACGAAAACGUACAAUCGGCAGCCAAAGAUAUGAGGAAGGGCCAAGGUCAGGUCGUCAAUACGAUGAGCUUCGGUAACCAUAACGAAGGUGUACAAGCCGGAAUCAGUAAUGCUCCUAUAACCUAUUCUAGAGGCAAGAAUAGGGACGAUUAGGCGAUAUUACUAGAUAUUUAACGUUGGACACGGAUAUAUAUAUCAUUGGCC